GGCAGCACUCGUACACGCGACCGCUGCGCGGCACACACGGUUCUGCCAAAUGCCUAACCGGCUGAGGUUGUCCCGAAGCGACGCGUGCCUCUCGCGCGAUCGUCACGCGUGUCGCUGCUCCUCGUGAGAGGGAGAGAGAGAGAGAGAGAGAGAGAGAGAGAGAGAGAGAGGGAGGUCAAGGGGAGUCCCGUAGACAAGACUCGUACAACCCCGUGGAGGUUGACCGUGUCCUCCGACACCGCAGUCAACGUAGACGGCGGCCACGUUUUCUUCUGUGACGCGACGAUACAGAGAGAAACAAAGAGGGAACGAUCAGUGACACCGCUGUCAGUGCACGCCAAUCUGUGUGACAGUGACUCGAAUUGUGCGAACUCGGUUCUCAGUUUCCUUUCCCGUUGUUCCGCGCCGCGUGUGACGAACAAGGACGAACACCAUGGAUUGGAGACUCGGAUUCCUGCUGGUCUGCUUCGUCGUCGAGGACAUGGACGCGCUGAGGAUGCUGGACCUGGUCGUUCCUCAGCACGUGGUCCGUGGCCAAACUAUCCGGCUUGAGUGCAACUUCAACCUGGACGGUGAAGUCCUGUACUCGGUGAAGUGGUACAAAGAUGGGAACGAGUUCUACCGAUUCGUGCCGCAGGACAAGCCGCCGGUACUCGUCUUUCAGCUGCCUGGUGUCACGGCGAACAUUCACAAUUCCACCGACAGCUCGGUCGUUCUCUAUUCCGUGAACCUAAUGAGCACCGGGAGAUACAGAUGCGAGGUGUCCGCCGAAGCGCCAUCUUUCCAAACGGUCUCCGAUCACUCGGACAUGCUGGUUGUCGCCCUGCCGGAAGACGGGCCCGUUAUCACCGGAAGACCGGGCAGGCAUCGUUAUCAGGUCGGCGACGUGGUGCGGUUCAAUUGCACUUCGGCGAAGUCCAAACCGGCCGCCAUGCUCAGCUGGUUCAUCAACGGGGAACCUGUCGACCCGCAGUACUUGAAGGGGCCCCACAUCACGGAGGUGGAUCGCGAUGGUCUGGAGACGGCGGUGCUCGGCCUGGAGUUCCGUCUGCGUACGAAGCACUUCAAAAGGGGAGACCUGAAGAUCAAAUGUCUGGCGACGAUAGCGACCGUGUAUUGGAAAUCGAACGAGCUCAGCAUAGAGGGUGAAAGGCCCCUCAAGAUGCCGGUAAUGGAGAGCAGGGAGACAAGAGCGCAAGGGCACACGCACGCCGAACAUAUCUUGGGAGGAAGCGGAAGCAGCACGUUAGCACCCUGUAUCCUGACGAUGAUCGUCGGCCUGUUUGUGCUGCGAUAAGAAAAGGAGGCCUGGUGUUGUCGCUCGUGCUCAUCCCCGAUCCUCCACCCCCGGUCCCCGGUCAGGCCUCCGAAGGAAGCUGCGCGAAGAUCGCUGUGUACUAAAUUAACCGUGUUGUUUCUAUUUUUUAUAAAGAAGCAGUUAGUGGAGUUAGCGGGACGUAAACCAAAGUAUAUGAAUCUAUAUACUUAAGUACACACUUAACGUUAGGAUGUUAGGACGAGGGGUUGCGUGCAACCGUCGAACCAGGAGUCUGCCCCACUGUUGCCAUUUAUGGAAAAUUUUUACGGAUUUGGCGUGCAAAGAUCUUGAUACGGGUUUCAUAGAUCUUUUUUAAAGUUCUCGACGAAUUUAUUGGAAAUCAGUUAUUAAGAAUCCGGCGGUAGCUUUAAUUGCAAAUUGAUUUGUCGGCAAUUUUCGGCAAAUUGUUCGUUCAGUUUUUGUUUCGAUUAAUUCCGAAGACGUCGACGAACAGAUUUCUGGUACGACUUAAGGAAAAAAAAGAUGAUCGAGCAUGGUUGUUUAAGAGUUUUUAUUCAGUCGUUGACACGAUGCAGUGGACAGAGUUUAAUCACAACCGAAAUUUAUAAGAAUCUAUCGUCGUCUGUGUGUCCCCGGGCAUGGGAGAGCGUGCAUAUUUCACCCUAGCAUUUCUCCCACCCUCUUCUUUGCUACUUGCGAAAUCGGGACACAACAAGAGGUGGGGGGGAGGAAUGAAACCUCGAACGAGUGUGAACGGUCCAGCCUCAGUCAGCGAACUUCGAGUCCAUUCUGACUGAAAUUGCUAGCUGUUGUCGUUCACGAGAGAAUAUUUUCCAUCAUUUAUUAAUUAACAGAUCUUUAUUGUUAAUAUCCAAGCUUUCGCCAAUUGUUUUAUAAAAAUGAGAAAUCGGGAAUAUUAAAUUAUGCUAAAGCUUUCGUUGAUACAACAUUGUACAAUUUUUUUAAUAACGCGAAUAAUCCGCAUGGGUCAAAAUGGACACGAAAUUCAUCAUGGGGAAUUAAUGCUGUCCAACAGACUAUGACUUCUUUCGGAUUUCUAACUUGCAGUAGCUAUUUCGUAAACCUUUCUUCGCUUCCGUUCCAAGAAGAUAGGUUCAAUUAAAUGAUCACGCAUGAUCUUGUGAUAUUUUUCGGUUUAUCUCUGGAAUCAUAGAUGCAGAGAGAAAUUUAACUACACCGCAUAACAGAGCAAACAAUUUCCUUGUAAAAUACGUCAACAGGAGUUAUAUACGUCAAACGUCACACGUUUCCUCCGAACAGUUUCAUUGUUAUCUCUUGAACAAAAGAAAUUUGAUAUAAUUCCAUAAAGAAAUUAUCUGCUCCUUCGCAUAGUGUAGUCAGAUUCUUCCCCCACCGUCUUUCUUCACGAGAAAAAUGGGAAAAUAUGCGGAGAUCAACGCAUUUUUGGCAUUCUUUUCAUUUCAAUAAUUAUCCAGGACUAAUGUGGCAACAUUAAGCUGUGUCAAUCCGUUUAGUCGAGUUCAGAGAAGAAUUCCGACUAGAACUUUGCAAGUUAGAGGUCCGAGAAGCGUUGAACAGUGUAAUCACCGCAACGCCAGUGUGACUGCGAGGGCGUGCGUGCCCGAAUUAUUUAUAAACAUAAUUGUACACGAGUGUUUCUAUCGUCCAGUCGCCAGAGAACGAAAGCAGACUACUCAGCCCGGUGAGAAUUAAAACGGUUUCUCACGUCGUAGCUUUUAUCAAUCUAGUCGCUAUUAAUCGGCAGCAAUGAUACGUUAUAUCCUAGAGUUAUCGUGAGCCGUAUGUGAGGUUUUAUGCAUGCGUGUAUGUACGAAUGUGAGCGAUCGUGUAGGCGUGUGUUUCACCAAAGAACAUCCGCGCUAUAACAUUCCUAAUUGUUACUUAACCGCCAGCACACAUAGGGUGUGUAGAGUUGACGUCGUACUGCCUCGUACUGCCACACUUUGUGUACGGUUUAAGCGUAAGGACGUGCAGUCUGUACAUAUGUACAUAAAUCGGAUCGACUUUUAUCUUUAACUUAACGUUCUGAUAAUAAACCCGACGAAUUCACGUCGACGAACAACCGA